CUUCGACAACAGACCUCCAGAUCUUCAUCUGCGCUCCUGUCCAUCAUCAUUCCUGCAGCUGACCCUGCUCCUCACUAACCAUGACUUUACUGCUGACAGUGCUGGGAGCUGUGCUCUGCUCCUUGACGGUUUCUUCUGAGGUCAUGCCUCAGGCAGACUUCGAUGCACAGGGGAUGGCAGGGAAGUGGUACCUGAUUGGAUUUGCCACUAAUGCCCAGUGGUUCGUAAACCGCAGAGCCAGCAUGAAAAUGGGCACGACCAUGUUCACCCCAACUGCCGAAGGGGACCUGGACAUGUCAUACGCCAGUCUCAACACUGAUGGUUCUUGUUGGAGACUGAACAACCUGGCUAAGAAGAGCGACGUUCCUGGAAAGUUCACAUACUCAAGUGAGCGCUGGGGGAAUGAGAAUGACAUGCGCAUGGUUGAAGUGAAGUAUGACGAGUAUGCUCUGACUCACACCAUCAAGACCAAGGGGGGUACUGCCACUGUUGUCAACAAACUAUAUGGCCGUGGACAAGACCUCGGUGCUGAUAUGCUGGAGAAGUUCAGGCAGUUCUCCUUGGAGACUGGCAUCCUGCCUGAAAAUAUUGCUUUCCUUCCAAAAAAUGAGGAGUGCCCCGCUGCCUAGUUUUCUGCCUGGUCAUCAUAUGUCAGCGAUGCGGUCUGAAGACUUUAAUCUUUGUUAAUAUUCAAAAUCUAUCAAGGUCACUGCCAAGAACUGAGACAGUAUCAUUUUUAAGUUUACUUACUCUGCUCUUUCAAAUGUUUUAAGCUCAUAAUACCAUUUAACAUGCUGUAAAGCCUGGUUUCAACAUACAUUGCUUUUAUCUACCUACAGUUUUAACUAAGCACCAUCUUUAAAGAUCGCCUCCAGGCGUGUUUGUGACAUAAAGUGCUCUGCCUUGAA